ACGACUGAAACCACAAUGGACGUAUACACAAUUUUGUGUUUGGUUUUUGUUGCCUUUACUCCAAGAGUGUGGACCCAGAUCGGACCUCGUGGCCAUGCUGAAGAAAGGCUCAUUCAGAAUUUGUUUGCAAAUUACAACAAGCUCUCCCGGCCUGUGAAGAACACUUCAGACACAGUGCUGGUCCACUUUGGACUCUCUAUUGCUCAGCUAAUUGAUGUGGAUGAAAAGAAUCAGAUGAUGACGACAAACGUCUGGGUUAAGCAAGAAUGGAACGAUUACAAACUCCGCUGGAACCCAGAGGAAUAUGAAAAUGUCACGUCCAUCCGAAUACCUUCUGAGAUUAUCUGGAGGCCUGAUAUUGUCCUCUACAACAAUGCGGAUGGUGACUUUGCAGUAACUCACCUCACGAAGGCACAUUUGUUUCACGAUGGCCACAUAAAGUGGACCCCUCCGGCCAUUUAUAAGUCUUCAUGCAGCAUAGACGUCACAUUUUUCCCUUUCGACCAGCAAAGCUGCAAGAUGAAGUUUGGCUCUUGGACCUAUGAUCGAGCCAAGAUUGACCUGAUUAGCAUGGCCAGUGAUGUGGACCAGAUGGACUACUGGGAGAGUGGCGAGUGGGUUAUUGUCAAUGCGGUGGGCAAGUACAACACAAAGAAGUACGAGUGUUGCACAGAGAUCUAUGCAGACAUCACUUACUACUUCAUCAUCCGAAGGCUCCCUUUGUUCUACACAAUCAACCUUAUCAUCCCGUGUCUGCUUAUCUCUUGUUUGACUGUCCUGGUAUUUUAUUUACCCUCACAGUGUGGAGAGAAGAUUACCUUAUGUAUUUCAGUUCUGCUGUCUCUGACAGUGUUUCUCCUGCUGAUCACAGAGAUUAUACCAUCUACAUCACUGGUGAUUCCACUGAUUGGUGAAUACCUGCUGUUCACAAUGGUAUUUGUCACACUUUCCAUCAUAAUUACAGUUUUUGUGCUGAAUGUACAUCACCGAUCACCAAAAACACACAGCAUGCCUCACUGGGUGCGUAGAGUGUUCUUGGACUUGGUGCCUCGAGUCCUGUUCAUGAAACGCCCGCCAGGCACAGCAAAGCAGCACUGCAAGAAGCUCAUAGAGAUGAUGCACCGUACAACCGUGAUCUCUACCACAAGCAACUCACAAGCUUUCUGGAUAGGAUUAGACACAGAGCUGAGACAGAUGACGCAGAUGGAUAAUACACACCAAAGCACUCCAUCCGACAGUCCAAGGAUCCUUGUCUGCUCAGCCUCUCCACCAACUUCCCCUUGUGAGGACAGCAGUGAAGACCAUCCACUGAAUGCCAACCUCUUCUGCAGAUCCACAUCUGGCAAAUAUUCAGUCCUGUCAGAGAAACAUCCCUUAAGUGGACACAACUCUGUGAACAUGUCCGCAUCACAGUUGUCCUUGCCUCCAAUUUUGCCAUUAGUACCACUGCAGAACCCCUCCAAAGAACGACCCAGUACGCUAGCUCUAAACGGUCGUUCCUUCAGCGCAGAGCAAAUGUUCAACCAUCAGGAGCAGCUUCCUCAGAGAUCUGAACCUAGAUGUCGCUCCCACAGUUUCCAGUACUGCUGUCUGCAUGAUGACAGCAUAAAGGGAACCCCAAAGCUGGUGAAAAAAGUACCCUCUGCGAACUCGAUAGAAACCACAACAGCAGUGUCCACCAAAGAUGCAAGCACCCAGUUAGAUCGUCCAAGCCCUACAAUUUCACCAGCUAUGCGACGAGCCAUUGAGGGAGUUCAGUACAUCGCUGAUCAUCUCAGGGCAGAGGAUGCAGACUUUUCAGUGAAAGAGGACUGGAAGUAUGUAGCGAUGGUCAUUGACAGGAUCUUCCUCUGGAUGUUUGUGCUGGUGUGCAUUCUGGGAUCUGUGGGACUCUUCCUUCCUCCUUGGUUGGCUGGAAUGAUCUAGAAGCUGUGCAUCGAGGAAUAUGAGAACUGAUAGAAAGACAGACUGUCAUAUAUUGUAAGAAAA